CCGAGACUUUAAGUGGCUCUUUGAGAAGCCAGAUGCAACACAUUCCGGCUUCUGAGAAAACGCGGCCGGCCGAGUUUCUGACUGCCCGAGCUUGGUGCCUGGCAUGAAGAUCAAUCCGAGAGCGUUAUUUAUAUAUUUCCAGCUGAUCCCAGCAGUAUCAUUAUCACUACACAAGAAUUAGCACGUUGAAUUGAAAACAAACAUGAAGAUCCUCCUCAUUGGCGCGACCGGAAAUCUUGGUCUGCGACUCGUUGCAGCACUCCUCACCCACGGCCACAUCGUAAUCGCAUAUGUCCGCUCUCCAAGAAAGCUCGAACUCCUACUCCCAUCGAAUGUUUACAGCCAGAUCAUCGUUGUAGAGGGUGACGCUACGAACACGGCUCUGAUCAAAGGGACCAUCUUGGAGAACGAUUGUGAUGCUGUCGUCAAUACCGCUGGUGUAGCCGCGAUGGCGCCCUGGAACAAAAGCGACCUGCCGGAGAUCUUCUCUGCAGUACUCAAAGCUGUACAACAAGCCGGGUCAGAAAGAAAAGAACCACUGAGAGUAUGGUUUUUGGCAGGCUUAGGGGUGUUGCAUUUCCCAGGAACCAACACCAUGCUUUCGAACUAUGUGCCCAUUUUCCUGGAGCACCGCCAGAAUAUAAGACUGCUGAGAGCCCUGCCACCUCACUCCGUUGAUUGGUCUCUACUGUGCCCGAGCACGAUGACACCCGAGAACCUGGAGAUCAGCGUGCCGACAAAGACGUCCGGCAAAUUGACCGCCUGUGCCACAACUCCUCCGAUGUGGAUGGACUCAUGGUUGAAAUACAUUCCAUUCUUCGGAAAGGUGAUUUUAGCUGCCAUGAAUGCUUCUAGGUAUGACACCACCUUGGAGCAGAACGCUGAGUUCAUUGCGAGCGAUCUUGAGGACCGGGACAGUCGUUGGAUCGGUGUCCCAGUGGGAAUCAUUGAUGCAAAAAAGUGA